CUACACUGGCGGUUGUUCCAAAUCUACGAGUUCGCAAUAAAAACAUCAACAACAGUGCCCAGAGACAGAAUGCGAGUCAGUAAAAUUAUAAACGCCAUGUUUCAGACAGUAUGAGUGGGUUUAAAGAAAAAUCAAAUCUUAACGAUGAAGCUGACGAAGAUGAAAAUGGUUCAGCGCUAUCCACAAAUCAUUUACCCUCGAUACACGAUUUUGUUUUUCUAAAGCCGAUAAGUCGCGGAGCUUUUGGUAAAGUUUAUCUUGGAUGUAAAAAGAAUGUACCCGAGAAGAUCUACGCCAUAAAAACUAUGAAAAAAUGUGAUUUACUGAAAAAAAACCUGAUUAAACAAGUUACAACUGAGCGAGAUGCCCUGGCCUGCGCCCAAAGUCCUUUUGUUGUCGAUUUAUUCUAUUCCUUACAAUCUGAGCAGAAUAUCUACCUUAUAAUGGAGUAUAUGAUUGGAGGAGAUGUGAAGAGUUUGUUGACCAUAUAUGGUUAUUUUGAUGAAGACAUGGCUAAAAGGUAUAUCGCGGAAGUAACAUUAGCGUUAGAGUAUCUUAAUAAUCUUGGUAUAGUGCAUCGCGAUUUAAAACCAGACAAUAUGUUGAUAUCAUGUCAAGGUCAUAUUAAACUGACUGAUUUUGGGCUUUCGAAAAUAAAUAUCGACGUUGUUCCCACAUUAAAUAAUCUGAAACAAUCGGGAGUUAACUAUCACCGAACACCGGGACAGAUCAUGUCGCUGAAGUCAUCGUUAGCGUUUACUGUCACGGCCAGCAUGAGGAAGAGAAGUCGUCCAUCUGUCUCCAGUCCGGUCGUCGUUAAAUCGAAACGCAGUUGUCAGUCACCUGUAGCAGAAGCACUAUUUAACUCUCCAUUGUUGAAGACAAAAAAGGCAAUGUCACCUUUUGCCGUUCAAACAAGCAGAAGUAAUUCGCCCAUUGUGAAUAUGACUCCGCCCAUUCAAAGUUUAACUCCUACGUUGGAAGAUUCCCUGAACUGGACGACAGACAGUGACGCCAGUUAUAUGACGGCUCAUAAUUUCUCAGUUUGCAAUCCGAAUACAUCAGGAACAGGACCCAACUUACAUCAGUCGUCGGGCCCAAAAGAAACAAAAACAACAGAUUCCCAUUGCGACAAAGACAAAGUAAAUGAUUCUCAAAAUGUUGCGAAAGAGAUUUUAGUUGGAAAGGAGCCGUCAGUGCUGAAUUCAUCCACAACAACACAGCAGACGGUAAAAUCAACGACUCUUUCUUCCAGCCAAGAUAGUUCCAAAGAUGACACUCCGCAACUACGUCUUUCAAACGAAUCGGUGUGGAAUUCAUACGCAGCUAGAAAUUUACGGAGCAUGAGGGAAGGUUCAUAUUCGGAAGAUUCUGGUGAAGAAACCGGAAAAGUUCUCGACCUAGGUUCUCCAUUGUUUCGACCAAAACCCGGAAAAUACAACAUUGGAAAAUAUCCGCCAAAUCCUCUGGUGUCGGAGAGUUAUGCAAGUUCGUCCGGUAAAAGCAGUUUAUAUGGAUACCAUUCCGAUGACGAAAUGGACAUAAGCUCAAGCAAACUCUCAACUUCGAGAAGAAAACGGGGCUUCGAUUGUUUAAAUGAAAAUAAAUCGAAAGGAAUCGGGAAUAUGAAAACGGGACUGACAAGUGAUUUUUCUGUUUUUAACAUAGUUUCUGAUAUACAGAAUAAUAAAAGACAAAGACUGGACCCGGAUUAUACAUCGAAUAAAAACGAUUCUGAACUGUAUGCAGCAGACAUUUCGUGUGAUAUCUCGAUGAACGAUGGAAUGGCGCGAUGUCGCGAAUGUAACAAUACAUCAAGCGAAGAUCUGUCCGCGUUAGAAACAUCGGCUGAAAGUUUUUUCAGUUCGCGAUCGCGACAUCAAAGCGAACUGAGUGUUCGGAGUUCGUUUGGUGGUAAUUCUACCAUGUUUCUCUCGCCGUUUAAUGAAAGUCACGAGUUGUCGAACCAUCCUUCGAUACAAGUUCAAGCUAAUUCCGAUACAAAGACAUACGAUAGAAUUCUGGAUAAUAGACUGAAACAGUGUCAUUUCAAAUCGGAUUUGUUAUUUAAAUCUCCGCUACCGCAGCAGGUGAACGGAAAACAGAGGCAUGCGUGUACUUGUCAGUCAGGAGGAGAUAAUCUCAAGGUACCGAAUUCAGGUAAUCCAGACGUUUCCAUGAUGACACCAGAUAAUUCCAGUAAAACACAAUCGCAACCACGAACCCCUGCAAGUACGAUUAAAACCCCUUUCAAAACUCCCUUUAAAAAUCAACUUAAAACCCCGUUCCGAACUCCUAAAAGUGUUCGCAGGGGACCGCAGCAACAAGAAGAAGAAAGAAUUCUGGGAACUCCCGAUUAUCUGGCCCCAGAAAUACUGAUGCAGAAACCUCAUGGUUGCGGUGUUGAUUGGUGGGCAUUAGGCGUUUGUUUGUAUGAAUUCUUAACAGGUAUACCGCCAUUUAACGACCAGACGCCAGACUUAGUCUUUCAGAAUAUUUUAAACCGAGAUAUACCAUGGCCAGUAGAGGAAGAAUCAUUAAGUGACGCAGCAAAGAUGGCCAUUGAUGAACUAUUAACUAUUGAUGCUAAUAAGCGUCCACAAGCUAAAGAGGUGAAGGCCAUGACCUUAUUCGCUGAUCUUGAUUGGGAUCAAAUAUUGGAAGCGGAACCUCCGUUUGUUCCGGAGCCUGACGAUGAGUUAGAUACAACAUAUUUUGAUGCCAGAAAUCGCGUUCAACAGCUAAUUGUUUCGGCAGUAGAUUUGUAAUAUUUACAAGAUAUCCAAAAUAUGUCUUAUAUCACAUAGGCAUACCAUACAGAUCCAGCUAAGACUAAGCUUGGACAUACACAAGCCUGGACAUAAUGUAGGCCACCUGUCACAUCAGUCACAAAUUUGUGCUAGCUAUUAUCAGUGACAGGUGCCUUACAAGUAUAGGCCUAUUACCAGGUUUUGAUAAAUAUUGAAAGUAGGAUAUUUUACUUAUUUAUUUUAUCGUAUAGCUAGUAGCUACACAAGAAUAUUACAAAAUCAAAUAUCUGUAACUCAUGAAUGUGAUAAAUAUUGUAUAAUCUAAGCUUCGAUAUUACUAAGUUAUAUACAAUGUACAGUUCAGACGUUUAUUUUUGAACCAGUUCAAAAUCGCCGGAGUUUAAAAGACAGAGUCUUGUAGCAUUCACACAUACUACAUGUAUAAGCCAAACCAGUUUAACUAUUCUGACCUCUUCGGUCAGAGGUUAGAGUUAACUAUGCAUGGGUACAUGUAUCUUCAUAUUCUUGAUUCGGUUCUUGCAUGCAUUCGAUAACACUACAUUGGAUUGCCAUUUUCCAAGGAUUGCAACUUACCGAGCUGGAGCCGGGAUUUUUAAGCCAACCUGUUCAAACGGCCAAGAUGAACCAGUUUAAAAUAAAAAAGCCUUCUCGAAGUCAGGUCGCAAGCCAGGGUUUUUAAACUGGUUUAUUUGCCCCACAUUGUGUUCAGACGACAAAGUUAAACUGGUGUAACGAUCCCCGUUUUUUUUUUUUUAACCAGUUCAAAUUUUAAAGUGUCUGAACGGAAUAUAAGAAGAUGUUACGCAUCAACACAAGAAUAUAACUAAGGUCAGAUAUCGUGUGAUAAAUAUCAUAUAAUCUAAGCUUUGAUCAAGCCUGGAAAUAAGGCACCUGUCACAGACAAUGCCAAGCACAGAUUCAGGCUUUGUCAGACACAAAACCUCUGGUGCCUGCCUUUUUCUCCGGCACAGAUUUGUCUUUUUUUAUUGAUAUUAUUAAUACAUGUCCGACACUAAGUUGAAAAUGUCAGGUACUAUUUCAUUAGUGCCUGAUAUUUUGUCAGGAACAUCUGAAAUCGUUAUUUCCAGACCUGGCUUUGAUAUACAUAUAUAUAUAUUAAGGUGGUAUGUAUUAUAUAUUGUUAUUGGAAAUGGAAUAGGUAUAUUUACGCAUACGGUAGUCAAAUUCUAAACAUAUCUUGUGAUAAACAUGCCCAGUUGAUAUACAUGGUAAUGGUUAUUGGAAGAAAGAUAUUCUAACGCAUAGCUACGCUAGAAUAUAUUAAUAAGUCAAAUAUCUAUAUGUGAUAAAUAUUGUAUAAAUAUAUUUAAUAGCAUAAUAAUUUAUAUGGAAAGGGGACAAUAGUAGUUCAGGCCAAUCCAAUCUUAUUUUCUAUUCUUUAGGAAUUUUUUUAUUCCAAAAGUAAAAAUUUGGAGCUGAAAGCUUUGCAAAGAGCUACAUGUGCCAAGUAAGCCUAUUUUUUGUUUAGAAAUAAAAAAUUACCAAGAAAUGGUAUCUAACAUUUUGAUAGGUGUUCCGAAUCCUGAAGAACUAAUAUUUGGUUUGGCCUAGGCUGUGAUAUAUCAAUGUACCAUAAAUAUAAUAACUUUAUUUUGUCAUGUGAUAAUAUUCUAUAGCAUAGAAAAAUGUACAUGUAUACUCAAAUGUUAAUCAAGAAAUUAAAGACAAAUUGUUCACAUUUAUUUCAAAAGUUAAAAAUAUUUGAUUGUUUAAAGAUACAUUAUGCAAGAGCAAAAUCGGCCUAUUGUAGGUCUUUCUUUAGGCCUGAAAUGGUAUAAAAACUAUUAAUUAGACAUUAAUUAACUUAUCCAGACCAUAAUCAGCUCUCGAUGUCAAGGUUUGCCUGCGAUAUUUGUUGGAUUACAGUCCGAUUUGCUGCAAAACUUUCCUUCGUGAUUAACGAUUAAAUGGAUAAUCAAGACUAUUAGUUUUGUCUUAUUGACUUCAGUAAUGAUGAUCGAGGCUAAGCGGAACUUUCAUCCGCUUAGUUCUCGGUUCAUAGUGGAUCAAUUUGACUGAAAUUUUCAGCAAGUUGCCUUUACAUUAUGUAGUUUUUAACUAUUAUAGUGAGAACUGCCAACUCGUUAUCUAAUCUCCCAUAAUGCAUGUUUAAGUGGCAUUGUUGAAUGAGCAUAAGCUUGAUAAAGGCGAGAGAAUCAUCGUCGAAACGUCGCUGAAAUGAACCCUUUCAGUAACUUGUAUUCCAUAUAAUUGUGUCAUGUGUUAUUAAAAAUAUUGUACUGUUUUUUUAAAGAUGUGAAAUGAAAUGAGGUUUUAGAAACGUCCUACUUUUCGGCACUGACUGGGCUAAUGAAGAUGGGCAGGCACCAUGCAGUGUGCCAUGGGGGAAAUUUUGCCCAGACAGCAUCGCUACUCAUACAUAUCAAAUUCCAACUGUCAAGGGUUCUUUUACGUGCACGCCAAUGUGUACCGAGGAUCUCGGUUUUUCCUCCCAUCCAAACAACUACUGUAUUAAUGUAAAGAUGGUUAUUUUAUGAUUAAGAACUAGCAGGAUGCCCGGCUUCGCUCGGGGGUCAUAACUCCGAAACCGGAAGUGGUAGACUAACGCCACCUGGCCUAUGUUACUCCCCGGUCCGAGCUACCCCUAUUCCCCAAAUUUCAGACUCGGGGCAGACCUAGUGUAGCCGCCAACCCCAGACAGACAGACAAACAGACGGACAAACGACAGUCACAAAUAUUAGUAUAGAUAGAUAGAUGUGAUAGUUUUAGCCGAUUAAAAAACCUCUCGUGAAUGAUGGGCUAAGUUGUAGGAUAAAGAUAACCUAAGGAUUAUUACUGUAUCUGUCUAAGGUGGCUAAGACGCUGGCUCGCUAGCCUGGAGGUCGCAUGUUUGAUCCCUGCAUUGGCCGAGAAAGUUCAUUGGGAUUUUCCGACGCGUUCCCUUGUCAGUGUUGCAGGACAGCUGUCUAGUCGAUUGGAUGGGACAAAAAAAACGAGUGUAGUGUAUGCAAUUGCGUACAUGCACAUGUAAAAGAUCCCUUGGCAGAUGGAAUUUGAUAUAUAAGAGUAGGCCAUAGUGCCGCGGCCUGGUGCCUCAUAGCACACUGUAUGGAGUAUGCCUGUCUUUAUUAGUCCAGUCCGAGCAGAACAGUAGGAUGUUAAACCCCAUUUCAUUUCAUUUUUUUAUCUAAUUGGUCGUAAGUUAAGUUUGAAAUGAUUGAUUUGAAUAAUGUUUGGAACAUAAUGGUAAUUUGGUUAAAUUAUUAAUAAAUACUCUUGAUUGUUUAUCAUCUUAGAGAUGCAUAAAACAAGAGAUAAAUCUGACAAUUGUGGGUCAUUUUAGACGUUUAUUCACAUGAGAAGCGUAUAUAAUGAACUCUCUCGAGAUGUAAAUGGAUUUGAACACCAGUGAAAAAUUUAAGGAUAAAAUGAAUAAUCGAAACAUACUCUCCAUUGU